CCCCAUCCGUGACCCGACGAAAAUGCGGACCGGUAGAUACGCUGCCGCCCAAAGAAUGUAUGUGUGAAUUGUUUUCUUCCCCGGCACAGCUUCGCAAGUCUGUCGUUGACUCGCCACGGCCCAAGAACGUGAGAAUACCUAUUGCCGACACCACCAACGCCCAAAGAUUAAGAAGCGGAAAAAGAAGAAAGAAUCUCAGAUCCGAACUCCCUCAACUUUCUCAUUCGCUUCACCUAACCUACACCUCCUUUACUCCCAAAUUGAAACCACCGCAGCGGUAGAGAUCUGAUCUCAUCCUUCCCCCAUCUCUUUCUCGAAUCCGUUUUUAUCGAAGUUGGAUUCGACCAAAAGAUGGUUCUCGGGAGGAGGUUCUUAAGGCAACAAUGAUGUCCUGGAGUUCGGAAAAAGAGGAGAAUUAGAUGGGAGAAAGCAAACUGGGACCAGCGAAAGGUAUGGAAGAAGAAGAGGAGGAGACAGCGGCGGCGGUGGAAACCAAGAGCGAUGUGCAGGUUCUCCGGCGGGAGCCGUCCUUCUCGCGGUGGUGCAACGAGGACGGGAUCGAUGGAUCUUGCGAAUCCACCAACGCAGAAGAUUCUGACCAGCCAUUGCUCCAAAGAGGCGGGCAGCGAAGCAUGAAUCUAAGCACAUCGGCUCAUACCGAGGCGAAUGGGAACGGGAUGAAUUACUCUCCUUUUGAUAUAGAGAACGGGAUCCACACUACCGAUUCAAGAACGAAGUUGGAAACAUUAGAGGACUCCGCCCAGAGCUCCCUCUCUGCAGCCAAUAUCAUCAAGGCUUUGUUUGGUAUACUGGUUUGGUACACCUUCAGUACCUGUUUGACACUGUAUAAUAAGACAUUGCUAGGGCAAGAUAUGGGUAAGUUUCCGGCUCCAUUUUUGAUGAAUACUGUUCACUUCACAAUGCAAGCCCUUUUGUCGAAGGCUAUUGUAUAUUUCCAGUCCCGGGGUUCUGAAAGCAGAGGCCCUGCGAUGACAUGGAGAGAUUACUUUAUCAGAGUUGUGCCAACAGCUAUUGGAACUGCAUUGGAUAUAAACCUGAGCAAUGUUUCUCUUGUUUUCAUAUCUGUGACAUUUGCUACAAUGUGCAAGUCUGCGGCUCCAAUAUUUCUUCUUCUGUUUGCAUUUGCAUUUAGGUUGGAGAGUCCCAGUGUUAAGCUUCUAGGUAUCAUCAUUAUCAUUUCCAUGGGAGUUCUACUAACAGUUGCCAAGGAGACAGAGUUCAAUAUCUGGGGAUUUGUUUUUGUUAUGCUUGCUGCUGUUAUGUCAGGCUUCCGCUGGUGCAUGACUCAGAUUCUUUUGCAGAAAGAGGCCUAUGGUCUAAAGGAUCCAAUUGCUCUGAUGAGCUAUGUUUCCCCUGUGAUGGCAGUAGCUACUGCGAUCCUAUCUCUUGUUAUGGAUCCCUGGCAUAACUUUAGGACAAAUAAAUACUUUGAUAGUUCAAAGCACAUAAUAUUGAGUGGCCUGUUACUGCUUUUGGGAGGUGCCUUGGCAUUUUUCAUGGUUUUAACUGAAUAUAUUCUCGUUUCGGCAACCAGUGCAGUAACAGUAACAAUAGCUGGCAUUGUUAAAGAAGCUGUCACAAUUUUGGUGGCAGUUUUUUAUUUUCAUGAUCAGUUUACCUUGCUAAAGGGAAUGGGACUCCUCACAAUAAUGGUUGGGGUCAGUUUAUUCAACUGGUACAAAUAUCAAAAACUGAAAAAGUGUCGGCCUAGCAAAACUGAAGAUACAAAUCCUCUUCCACUUCCCAAUGGAGCUGCAAAAUACGUUAUCAUUGAUGAUGUGGAUUUUCAUGAUGGUGAAACUUGAUUUUUUGGCAUCAUACACAGCAGUUCUUAACUGACAGGGUGAUGAGUGUUCUUCCUAGGCCUACUGAAAUCUUUCAGUUGGACUAUGAGCUCAGAUGACACACUCAUAGUUUGCACGUUGGAUUGACUUUGCAGAUAUCACACAUACAACCUCACACAUGCUGAUGGCUCUGGAACGCUUGCCAUUCAUCUACCAGAGCACCCUUCAGUGCCAUGCCAAAAGGUGACUUAUCUAUUUUGAAUUACAAUUAAAAUGAACAGCGAGGAGCAUAAAUGUGUCCCCAAAAGUAUCCUGAUGCCAUUGGAAUAAUUUCUUAUAAAUGUAUUUUAAGCGUAGGAUUUUGGAGGUUGCAUGCAAAUUGGUUGAAACUUCAAUCAUGUGUUAUUCUUUUUGGCUGAUUCUUUAUUCUGAAAUUUCUUAUACCUGUUCGUUGAUUGAUGAUGACCUGAAGAUGUACAGAAUUUGUAUAAUUAUGACAGCAAACUCUGCAAUCAAACGGGGCUUGGCCCUUUGGAUACUUUGAUGGUAAUUGUUUGCCUGCCCAUCAAAAACUUGAGUGUUAAUGUAUCAUGUUCUGUUGCUGG